AAUGUUCGUGUUGCUCUCACAUCUUUGCAGUGUUUUCUAGAAUAUGUUCUUACCAAUAGUGUAGUACAGUAUAAAAUGCCAAAAUGCGUCUUGUUGGUUAGUUGUCAAGUUGUAUUUUGCUACGUACAGGCAAGAACCUACAAUUUAUAGCCUAGAGACGAUAUGGAGCUUAUUGGCUACAGAAAUCCAUGGUUUGGACUGACAUCAAGACAAUCUUCUCAGUCUCAUCAAGGCUGGAGCCCAUUCGGCUUUCUGGGACAACAGUUCCCACAGUCGUCUAGUUGUGACAGCUGGGAUUGGUCUGAUGAUGACUGUCAACAGUAUUGCGGAUGCUCUGAAUGCUCUCUAGAUCUGAGACGACAAAUGCAGAGAUAUCGUCCAAAGCUACAAGGAAACAAGUGUCGACCUCGAGAUCACAACUGUUUUUCGCAAAGUUCGGCUUGGGAUAACAAUGGGGACAAAUCCAGACAAUUUGGUGGUUCUUUACCUGUUGCAAUCAACGCCACUGGCAGUCAAAGUCAGUCCAAGCCUAAGCAGCUGCUCACUUCAACAGAUAUUGAUUUGAAACAAGCUGCAGCUGGCAUAUCACCAAAUGAUACACAAAUGGUAAAAGAAUGGAGAGCAACAUGUUCAAACGCAAAUCAAGUGGAUUGUCAGUUAAACGUCAAUGAUAAGGAGCACAACUGUUCCUGCGUUGCAGAUAGAGCUGCAACGGAGGAUGCAAGAGUAGAUGAAGGUUCAUCAACUUCUUCUGCAGAUGAAGUGGCAACAGACAGCUCUGUUCAGGAUUCAACUUUGAAGACAGACAAGGGCACGUCUUCUAGGAUGUUGUCAGAGAGAGACACCACUGCUGAGAAUUCUAGAGGCCAGGUGGAUGACAUACAAGAUGAGGGCAAUCAAAUGGAGAUCAGCCAAAUAAGCAAAAGAGAUAUGCACACUACCAGUGAAAUAGGAUUGACAGCUGCUGAGCAGUCUGAAACUCAAGUAGGUAGUCUGCUAAACAAGUGCAAACAAACUGUUGCCAGAGACUUACAGAGAUGUACUUCAAGUGAUCAAGUUGUGUCUGGUGCUAAUCUGGUUAACUGUGAAAAGGAAGAUAGUCAAGAAGAUUUGCUGGAAGUACUACAGGAAACAGCAGAAAUGGAGACUGAGAAGUGUUCUUCAGACAUAGAAGAUGUCUUUGAUAAACUCCAGGAGAUCAUGUCAAUAGUUGGUGAUGUUGGCAAACACAGGGCUACCAUUGCAACCUUGUCAGGCAGCAGAAAGGACAGGAACUAUUUAGUUGUUGAAGACUGUCUUGUGAAAGCCUUACUUGCUUUGGAUCACAUCGAGAGUGGAAAUCAUCAAGAAGUUAGGUUUGCAAGGAAAGCUGCUGUCAAAUACAUUCAGAAAAUGCUAGAAGACAUUGAGUGCUAGUUGAUUGCUGUAGACUUUAUUCUGCUUGUAUCUUCAAUUAAUUUAUUGUUAGAUCGUGGAUAUAAUAUAUUCAUUUUGAAGACUAAA